AUUGAGAUUUAACUGCUGCACACGGGAAAUUAAAACGCAUUGAGCAAUUAUAUCGGUUAAUCCUAGCUUCCAACUAAAACUCAUGACAUUAUUUUAAAUUUUGAUUUACUUUCCAGGACUUUUUACUAGUUCAGUCUUUUAAAUUCAGUCACAUUUUCUGUUCCUAUAAGAACUCCUGGAUAUCCAAGAAACGCCGCGUCCCAUAAUUGUUAUAUUUCCCCGUUUCAUACACUUGUUCUCCUUGCUUUUCCGUUCCCUCCCUCCCUCUCUCUACCUUUUCAGUCACUUCCCUGCGCUUCGGCAACCCGCCCCCCUGCUCAACAUUCACACCUGAAUAAAUCGUUUUUUUAAUGGGAGGAAAGAAAUAAAGUUUUUUUUUGCAAAGGCGCUAAACUACAACGCGGAGGGAUGAGGGAAUGAUCCGAUCUGAGUUCUCCGAGUCUCCAAUGAUUUGACUCCUCUGAAAGGGAGAGUCAUACAAAGGAAUCGUUGUUGCGGAGAUGCGAAGUCCAGCAUUCAACGGUUGUUCGCAACCCAUCCUGAAGUUGGCGCUCUUCGCUCAUACCUCUGCCUCUCCGUUCUCGGCAGCAUGUCAGACCUGACCUUGUUUCGUUCCUAAUUGAUUCCAUUAUCUAUCCAGGACACACAAGUGCUUUCUCGGCUUCUUUCCCCGCCUGACGUCUUCGCUUCGAUCUCAGGUCUAUAUUUUACCCUUUCCUUGCAAUGGGCCAGAUAAUUAAUAAUGUCCACACGUGUAUUAUUUUCAAUGUCUGCUACCAAUAAAAGAUUAAAACCGAGGAAAUGGCCCUUUAUUUGUUGUUUGCCAUGUUCCUCCCUUACACUUCGUCAGGUGUGUCGUGAAGUGUGAAGUUUAGCAGCUCGCUGUCCCAGUAACAAGUGGGCCAUGUACACUUUGAACGUUGCAGUUAAAAAUACGUCCUGAUUAAAACGAGCGAAUAAAGUGCAGAACUACAGCUGGAGAGAAGCAGUUGAUUUAUAGGUUUCUUUAAGAAAAGUUUGGAGGAAGUUGACCUACCAUUUAAAAGGAUGCGUUUGAGUCAAGUGUGUGGUUCUUCGGGGGGAAGUUGGACCUUGUUUCUAUUCAAAGUUUGACUUCUGAAAGUUAAGCUCUGCACAAAAGCAAGUCAUUUAUAAUAUAUGAAACGAGAUCUUCACGGGUCUGCCCUUAAAACCCACCGCCCCAGAAAGUUAUAAAACACGCUGAGUACAUCAAAGUCUAUCGAGCAGAGAACACAUCGAACGAGUCCGGGCUCUGAAAGAGUUAAAAUACAAAAGCGAUAUUUAAGAGCUGCGUGCGUGUAAGUGUGUGCGUUUUAGAUGCAUUAGGGGAAGUUUUUUUUUCCGAAGCACUUUUCGUCUCUCCCCCCCCCCCCCACCUCGCCCCGAAAUAAAUGCGAAGAGCAAUUUGUUCCUGCUGCAAGCAUUUUGUUCACAGACUUCCCAAGGAUCUUUUGAGCUCUGCCAAAGACAAUCUAUCGCUAUGAUCUGAAUGUCGAGUCUGUGUCAGUAAUCAUUACCCGGUUUGAUUGGCAGAACGCUGCUUUGGCCCGGGAGUCAUGGUAUCAGAGAGACACGAUGACGGCCGGGAGACGUUCUCUGAUGGUGCUCUUCCUCUGUCAAGUUCUGUUUGGAGGCUCAGCAGGGCUCAUCCCCGAGGUCGGCCGCAAAAAGUUCGCUGAGCACCAAGCCAACUCGAAAGGGACGAGUCCACUUCAAGCCGAGGGCAUACUGCAGGAGUUCGAGUUGCGCCUGCUCAACAUGUUCGGCCUCCGGCGCCGCCCUCACCCCGGCAAGAAUCCGGUGAUCCCGCAGUACAUGGUGGAUCUGUACAAGCUGCACGCCGGCGAGGAAGCUCACCAUCGUGAGGGGAGAUCGGUCUUGUCCCAUUUCCCCGAGAAACCAGCCAGCCGCGCCAACACAGUCAGGAGUUUCCACCACGAAGAACAAAUGGAGGAGUUGCCUGGAGCCAGAGAAGAAACAACACGCCGCUUUUUCUUCAAUUUGAACUCUAUACCCAAGGUGGAACUCAUCACCUCAGCAGAACUGCGGAUCUACCGUGAGCAGGUGCGAGAGGCCUGCCUGAAUGCCAGCGGUGGUUACCAUCGCAUCAACGUUUAUGAGAUUCUCAAGUCAACGGCGCCGUCUAGCCAUGAUCCAAUCACGCGGCUGCUAGACACAAAGCUGGUGCGCCACAAUGUGAGCCGAUGGGAGAGCUUUGACGUCAGCCCUUCUGUGAUGAGAUGGACCGUACAGGGCCAGCCCAACCAUGGGUUUAUGGUGGAGGUCAUCCACUUGGACCAGGAGUGCAAACAUUCGAAAGGACAUGUCAGGGUCAGUCGGUCUCUGCAUCAGGAUGAGGAAAGCUGGCCUCAGAUGAGACCUUUAUUGGUGACGUUUAGUCACGAUGGCAAAGGACACACUCUUGAGAAGAGAGUGAGGCGCCAGGCCAAACACAAGCAGAAGAAGAGACUCCGGUCUAGCUGCAAGCGUCAUCCUUUAUAUGUGGAUUUCAGUGAUGUAGGAUGGAAUGACUGGAUAGUGGCACCUCCAGGAUACCAUGCUUUUUACUGCCAGGGAGAGUGCCCAUUUCCACUGGCAGACCACUUAAACUCAACAAACCAUGCUAUUGUGCAGACGUUGGUGAACUCUGUCAAUGCAAACAUUCCCAGGGCGUGCUGCGUCCCAACAGACCUUAGUCCCAUCUCAAUGCUUUAUCUUGAUGAACAUGACAAAGUUGUAUUAAAGAAUUACCAGGAUAUGGUUGUAGAGGGUUGUGGAUGUCGUUAAAGCAGGAAAAUUUAUCAGAGAACAAAAAAACCUUGACACUUUACUCUUUCCCAAUGAAGACACUAUUUAUAUAAAAAGAAUUAACAAAAUAGGAACAUCUAUUUUGAAAAUAUAUUUAUGUCUACUUAAAAAGAAAUUGGGAAAAUAAAUAUUUUAAUCAGAGAAUUGUUCCUUUUAAAUGAUGUUUAAUUGUAUUUCAGAUGUACAUGUUUAUAUGGGUUUAACCCCAACAUAUGAAGUAUAAUGGUCAAAUUCUUAUUUUGUAUUUAUUGCUAUUGUAACCACUUUUAGAAAAUAGCUAAUUUGUAUUUAUAUGUAAUCAAAGAUAAAUAUAGGGUUUGUACAUAAAUCGUCAA